CCUUGCGCAACCCAGCCCCGGCGCCCCGCUGACCUGGUCGGGUGCGCCUCCGCAGCUGCCGCUCCGGUGCCCCCAGGCCGCAGGCCGCUGUCCUCCUGUGAUGCCAUGGUGAUUUGGAGUUGCUCUUCUUGUCUCCAUGGAUUCAUUCCCAGAGCGGCAUGGAGGAGGCACUACCCACUCUUGUCUCCCAGGCCUCCUGCAUCGCCGCCGCCUAUCCACCACUUCUCCUCCGCUAGACGGUCCACCAAGAAAUCUGCCCCAAAGGCGCCAAUGGGCUCUUCCAUUCCUGCCGCAAAGGCGCUAAUAGACUCUUCCAGAGAGCCCUUCUAUGUCAUCCGCAAGGGGGAUGUCAUUGGCGUCUAUAAGAACCUCAGUGAUUGCCAAGCCCAAGCCAGCAAAUCGGUACUUCAUCCUUCAGUCACUGUCUACAAAGGCUAUUCUCUGCGUAAAGAAACUGAGGAAUAUCUUGCUGCACGUGGGUUCAGGAACGCUGUCUGUUCCAUUGGUGCAGCGGAUGCAAGUGACGAAUUGUUUGGCGAUCUGGUUCCCUGCCCUUUUCAGCAACCUGAUGAGAACACACAAUCUAUUUUGAAAAUGUCACAGGGACAGGAGAUGGAAACAAGAUCAUCAGAGCAUCCCAAAGUUGCUGAUCUGGAACCAUUACCAGAUAGCGAACUCUCUUGUAUUCUUGAAUUUGAUGGAGCUUGUAAAGGAAAUCCUGGGAAAUCAGGUGCUGGAGUCAUUAUUCGGCGGUUAGAUGGAUCUGUGAUUGCUGUACUACGUGAGGGUUUGGGUAUUAUGACCAACAACGCUGCUGAAUAUCGUGCAUUGAUCCUGGGGCUAAAUUAUGCUUCCAAGAAGGGAUUCAAGUAUAUUCGUUGUCAAGGUGAUUCUAAGCUUGUCUGUAACCAGGUUCAAGGUGCCUGGCGUGCUAGGAGCGAUAAUAUGUCUAUCUUGUGCGAUAUAGCCAAGGAACUUAAGGAAACAUUCCUUACAUUUCAAAUCAAUCAUGUUUUGAGGGAAUUCAACUCCGAUGCUGACGUUCAAGCUAACUUUGGAUGCCAACUUGCUGUUGAUGAAGUUCAAGAGCUGUCCGUUUGAAUUGCCAUUGGCAGAGAAAACAAGACACGGUGCUUGAGAGUAGACUGUUAAUCAAUACUAAUUGACCCACGUGAUCAUAUCACAGGGUGCAAAGAGCUGUUUCGGCUUUUUCCAAGAGCUGUUUCGUUUUUACCGGUAAAAAGAUGGAUUGGAAAGAGGAGAAACUGGUAGAGAGCCACAAGUUCUAGCUUCAUGGGCUCUGUGCGCUGCUAAAGUAACAAACAACACGUAGCCGAAGCAGGUGAGAUAUGCACCAAGACCUGCAAUAUUUUGCUGUUGGUUUGGUUUUGUGUUGCCAUGAGGAUUGAGGAGCUUGAUUCUUUGUACAUGCAAUUGUGAACUGAAUUGAAGUAUACUUAACUCACAAAUACAUGAUUUCAGAAAUUAUUGAGGGUUUA